CUGUGUUUUCUCCGCCCUCUUUACGCUGGGUUUCCACAAGACAGCGUAAUAAGCCGAGCAGCAUCCAGUCAGCGGAGGGGUCAGCGCAGAGACAGACGUACGCUGCUGAAUAGAUGCAACAUGGCGGAGAAAGGCAGUGAGCAUCCACGGUCCACCCGGUGUUGUUUCCCAGCACCGCAGUAGAACUGUUCAGUGUUGGCGUAGACGGAAUAAAAUAGGUGUCCGGUCCGGUUCCUCGGGUACAAGUUUGCUUUGCCACUUUAAGAGGAAAAAAACUUGUGAAAAUGAGCCGCGAGUGAGGAAUUUAAGAUGAGCCGACACGCAACAGACGUACCGGAGUGUGCCCCCUCCCCGCCGCUGCCUUCUGAUCAUGUGCUCAACUCUGCAGCCGUGUUAUUCCCUGGUGGUUUUGAUCAACAUGGCUGCCCUUUGAUCGUGUUCCCAGCAGAUGAGCAAGCCAAACUCCCCAUAGAACUCAGCAAAGCAGAAGUGGUGGACUUCAUAAGUUACUUUCUGUGUCUGCACAAUAAGAAGCAGGAGAAGGAGGGUUUGGUGUCAGUGGUGGCUGAUCUGAGGGACGCCUCGCUCCCUACAACCAAGUUCAUCGCUGAGACUCUGCUUCUGCUUGAGCUGCACAAGCGGACAGUCCACAGUGUGUACAUAGUUCAGCCCAAAAAGAAGGAGGUUGCCAAGCUGUUGCUCAAACUCCUGGCCCCGUCAAGGUCUCACGCUGCCUCUUUCAAGAAAGUCCUUCUAAAAGAGACCUCGGAGCUCUCCAACUACAUUGACCGAAGCCAGCUAACGGCAGCUUUGGGCGGCUACCUUAUUUACUGUCACCAGAGUUGGGUGGCCUUCAUCAAGGAGAUCGACGACUUUGUCCAGGAGUUCCUGUCUGUGGUCCAGCGGCUGCCCUCGUGUAUCUCCAGCCUGAAGUCUCUGUCACGGCUGCCGCUGCCCUCCACCUUCAGCGAGCUCCGACACUUCUGCUCCACCAACGAGGCCGAGUUCCAGAAGCUCAGGAGGGAGCUGGGGCUGGAUGAACUGCUGAGGCACUGUGAGAGUGUGGUGGAGAAGCUGCGUUACCCUGAGAAGGAGCCGUGCUACCAGGCGAUGGCUGGCACUGCCCUCUUCACGCACACCGCCUUUGACAUGCACCAGAACCACAGCAGGAUAACUGCAGCAGUGGAAAAAGUGGAGCUGCUGUGGCAGCAGGCCUUUUCUAAGGCCCGUCUCCAGCUGCAGGUGUUCCAGCUGCGAGAGGACGCACUGCAGAUCACAGAGCAGAUCAAAACUCUUCUUGAAGAGAAACUCCAGCCAUACAAAUUGGAGAUCGCCAAGGAUGCUGCAAAGGCAGUGAUGCUGGUGUCCGAAUUUAAAGCCUCCAUUCACACUCAUGCCAUGGCUCUUAUUCGCUCUGCUGAAGCUGUGAUCCACACAGCAUCAGAGAUCCUGCUGUUUGAGGGUCAGACCAGGGAGCGCUGGGUGUUGGAUCUGGAGAGGCUGAAGGAGAAACUCCACUCUGCUGUGCACUUCAUUCUCCGAACCCUCCGGGCAGUUUCCAGCUACCAUCAUUACUACAGCAAGGCCAACGGCUGGUAUAGGCUGGUCCUCUGUGAGAACUUCCUCCAGGAACUUCUGUCAGGGGUUAACGGAGACGACGUUCCCAUACAGGGCAGGAACUGGGGGAAGAUCCCUGCGUGGAGGUACAAAAUGUCAGCUUUUCUGAAGAAGAAUCCCCCUCCAGAUAUGGAGGAGCUGGUUCAUCUGGCUCAUCUGUCUCAUGCCAUCCUAGAUGGCGAUGUCCAGGAGGCGGGCAAGCAAAUGUCUCAGCGGUGCAUGACUUUGAGGAAACUUCUAAUUUCUUCGGGACCUGUGUCUGUCGGCCACCUCCAGCUGGCCUUACAGUGGCAGUAUGAGUUGUUGCGGAGCAGCCAUGUCAAUCAUUCCUCUGCUGACAGUUCUACAAACGGAACAGCUAAGGAUGUUCAAGACCUCACUAAAUGUGAAAGUGCUAAGGAAGCAGCCCAUCUUCUCGGAAUGGCUCCAUCGACUGCGGUUACCGGGAUGGUGUCGGCUGAGGGCAAACCCACCUCCCUCAGCUCAUUCGACUCCGGCUUCGAUGGAGCUGGGGGCAGCCAGCUGGAGGCCUGGGGUGGGAGGGAAGGAGCGGAAGGUCCUCUGUCCAGAUUGGCUGGGACCAGGGACUCUGUAAGGCCUGCCACGAGCCAGCCUCAAAUGGACAAUAUCUCCGAUUGUGAAGAUCCCAGAGAGGAGUUUGGCUCUGUGGGAAACUCCUCCAGGGCUAGCAUCCAGCUCAUCCCUAAAGUAACCGUGGAUUCUCUAAACUUGGAGAUCAAAGUGAAGCGUUCAGCCGCGCUACCCAAUAAUCCUUGGCUUAGCUUGCCAGUAGACGAUCUGGAAAACUCGUACACAGUUACCAUCACGCAGAACAAAACGCCGCAAAAGAGAGACGUACAAUUCCACGACCCCUCUGACCCCAACCAGUCCAACUGGUCUCGAGAUCAGCCCACGCAGACGGAAGUGUUGAGCAGCACACAGCCCAGAGGGCCACAGAGCAGGAAGCGGACACUACAUCAACAAAGCAUUUUGGAAGAUCCUCAACUAAGUCCCAUUUGCAACAUCCUCUCCAGCACUAUAACAGAUGAACGAGACAAGUCCAUCUGCACCACAGAGGGGAUUCCCACUCUUCUCUGGGAUUCUUAUGACCUCCAUGACCAGAAUCCGGAUGCUGUCGAUGGUGUGAUCGAUAUUUCCCUAAAUGACUGGGAUGUGAAAGAGCAGGAGGAUCUGAGGGAAGUGGAAAAGAUCCUGCACAGGGCUGAUAAAAUACUAGAGAAAGAAGAAACUGUUCUGGCUCAGGAGGCUGUGCUGGAUGCCCUGCUGAGAUCUGAGGACCGGCGGAAUCAGUGGCCGCUGUGGGACAGCGAGGACCAUCUCGGUGUGAUGUCCUCUAGUGAGCUGGCUGAAGCCGGCGUUCUUGGCCUCGAGGAUUACCUUGACCCUGCAGAAUCUGACGACCUCCGUGAACCCAGAUCAACUAGAUCUGCGAGUGAAACUAAGGCUUCUGAAGAUGAUGGGCACUGCGCUGAAGCUGCCACAGGAGCAAAAAUGGUAGCGUUUCACGGCUGGCCGGACCUGCUGACGGAGCUAAGAAAAGUCCAUGUCCUGGAUGAGCUGAUCAUGGAGGAGAACCUGAAGAUCCACCAGUUCCGUCGCUGCGAAGAAAACCCUGAAGAACUCUCUGUGAGCAAACCUCCGGAUACAAACGGACCGUUGAGUAUGAGCAAAGAAAGGGAGGCUUUUCGGUUACAACUGGAAAAGGAGACAAGGGAGGUAGAGAAGCUUGAGAAGAGUUUGAACAAAGAGCGUAAAGUGAAGAAUCACAAGGACACCGCUAGAAAGGUUGUAAAAUGUUCAAUAAUGGAGAAGGCUAGAAGUGGGAAUAAGAAGGACCAAGCCCUCUGUGAUGAGCUUUUAUCGGGUAGUUAUAACAGAUCACAGAGAACACACUCAACAUCUUUGGUCCUGAAUGAUUCUCAGACUCAGGAUACCUGUAAAACUGAAAAUAUAAAAGAUACCAAAGAGGCUACGCCACAAGACUUGGUUCAACUUCCAGAUUCCCAAUGUCAAGGUGAUUGCUCUGGAGCUGAGCCAUCAGUAUUUAACAGAGCUACCUUUAAUAUUACCUCUGAUUUAAAGGAACCUCCUGAAGAGUUGGGGAUCCAACCUCAGGGAUGCAUCCAUGGGGAAAAAUUGGACGAAUCUGGUGAAAAUGCUGCUUUAACCUCUGAAAUGAGGCCAGAAGAUGGAGUCUUUGACCCAGGCGGAAAAUCACACCUUCCUCCUGCGCUAACGCCAAGCAAGGUGUCACUUCCUGUGAACGACAACCUCGCUGAACACAAGCCUCCCCAUUCCGCAGAGCUGCAGGAUCCAGCUCGGCCCUCAGUUGCUCAAGAUCCGGUUUUUGUGCAACAUGAUCUUCAAGAUAAACCACUUGACGCGCUGCCAGAGAAUGUGAAUGCAGCCAUCAGUCACACCUUGAUUGUCAAUCCAAAUGUGAAGGAACACAGCAGCAACAACAACAACAACAACAACCAUGCACUUACUGAGAAAUACAAGUUGUCAUUAGACGACUUGUCUGAAAUAAGCACUAAAGAUGAAGAUGAUACUCCUGUGGUAGCUGCUUGUUUGCUACAGACACAUUUACGCCCGGCAAAGGAAGUCCAGACUGUAUCUCCUGCAGAUGAGCGCCCACAUCAGCAGACAGCACCCCAGCUGUGUCCUGACCAGCCUCUGGAGUUUGACCCCGGGGGCAGACGUGAGCAGAAUGAAGACUUGCCUGAUGGUGUUCAGAGCUCUGAGGCCAUGAGGAUAUCCGGCUCUGAGUCACCUGGGAUUCAGGCCCAGCUUAACAUCAACAUGAGAGAGAUGACAGAUUUCAAGACCCCCAUAGUACUGGACACGGGCUCUGGUUUGAUGAAAGCAGGAUUUGCAGAUCAAGACCUCCCCAACGUUAUAUUCCCAACAAUUAUCGGGAUGCCAAAAUACGAGGAAAUAAUGAAUGGUAACCUUGAAAGGGAGACCUACAUUGGACAUGAGGCUCAACACAUGAGAGGGGUCCUGGCUCUGAAGCAUCCCAUAAAGAACGGGAUCAUUUGUAACUGGGAUGAAAUGGAAAAGAUUUGGCAUCACUCGUUCCAGCAGCUGUGUGUGGAUCCAGACAAUCACCCUGUUCUGCUGACCGAGGCGGCCAUGAACCCCUUGGCGAACCGUCAGCGCAUGGUGGAGAUCAUGUUUGAGUGUUUCAAUGUUCCCUUCACCUACGUGGCCAUGCAGGCAGUGCUGGCACUUUACGCAGCAGGGAAGUCCACUGGUGUGGUGUUUGACUCUGGAGACGGAGUGAGCCACAGUGUGCCUGUGUUUGAGGGAUACAGUCUACCUCAUGCAGUGCAGCGCUUCCCUCUGGCUGGUGUUGAUGUUACAAUGCAUCUCAAAAAGCUUCUGCAGGAACAAGGGGUGUGCAUGCGCACCACGGCGGAGAUGGAGAUAGUGAGGGAGAUGAAGGAGAAGUGCUGCUGCGUGGCGGUCGACCACGAAGCCAAGCUGAGUCGCGGGGGGGCGUCCUGCAGAGAGAUGCAUUACACCAUGCCAGACGGACAGAUUGUCACGCUCGGCACAGAGAGGUUCAGGGCACCUGAGAUUCUCUUUAAACCCGAGCUGAUUGGACGGGACCAUUAUGGGAUGCACGAGAGCGUCUUCAAGUCCAUCCUCAGCUCUGACAUUGACCUGCGACGCUGCUUCCUGGGAAAUAUCGUACUGUCAGGUGGGAACACUCUGCUGCCUGGCCUGCCUGAGCGGCUCCAGGCUGAAAUCAAAGACCUGCUUCCCACCGCCAUGGGCGAGAACGUUCGUGUCACCAGCCCAAAGGACAGAGACUUCUCAGUGUGGAGGGGAGGGGCAGUGCUAGCCAGCCUGCCCACGUUCGGCUCGGCUUGGAUCAGUCUGGAGGAAUACGAAGAGCACGGGCCGCAGAUCGUCUUCAGGAAGUGCUUCUGAGAUGGGACCACUGUAAGGCGUGCACACUGGACUCCUGUGUAAUGCAGCACUUAAUUUAAUUUCCACAAGUGCAAUAUACAUCCAGCUCCAAUACAGUGCCAUGGGUUGGGAUGAGCCAUUAUAAAUCCUUUUGAGUAUUUGUCUUAUGCCUUGGCUUUUCUGUGGAGUCAGUUUCACCCUCGUCAUCAGUGUGGAUCCUGAAUUGGGUGCUCUUAAUAGACACCAGUGGGUUCCUAUUGACCUGCUGCUCGCUGUAUGCCUCCUCUACUGAGAUCCACCAACAUGGCAUGGAUGAAAUAGGGUGUCUGUCAUAAAAUUCCUGUCAGUCAAUGUUAUUGUCCCUCAAGAACCUUUUUUUAAACUGUCUUAAGUUUUCCAUUUUUGGGGAAUGUAUUUCUGUGUCUCAAGAAUUUAAGUGCAAGUAUAUUAAUGUUUGUGGUCGAGGGACUAGAAUUGAAGCUGGUCUUUGAUCGAUGUCUGCCAACUUUGUUUCCAGGUUAAGCAAUUGAGGGACAUAAAGAGAACUCAAUGUGCUGACUCUAGAUAUAUGAAUAUAGUAAUCUAAUAUCAAAUUAUGAUGUGUAUGUAUACCACAAUUUUAAGUAUAUUUGGUAUAACAAAUAAUCUGUGUAGACAUGGUGAAAGUUGCAUUUUAUUUUGAAAUUUGGAUCAGUUCGGCUGUGCAGUGUUCACAACUAAUGAUUUUCUUUUUUUUUAUAAUGGCAGCGUGAAAUUAUUUUUUUAUCACUAUUAGGGCCACUGUUAAGAAAAGAAAUAGUUGGUGUCAUAACAUUCCAACUUUUUUCUCUGUCUUUACAUGCAAACUUUUUUCCUCGUCAUUUGUUUGUCAUAACAUUACAAUUUCUUUUCAUAAAAUAUUUUUAGAAUUUUCACUGUAAAUUUGGACUUUUGGCCAAGAAUUCUAUUAGAAUUGUUUGUCAUAACAUUUUAUAUACAAUAAUGAUGGCAAAAUGUCAACUUUAUUCUCCAAAGUAAGCACUAAAUGUGGAGACCAGCAAUUUACCUUAAAGGAAUGUGCAAUGUUUGACCAUAGGACUAAGAAACGCCAUUCUAACUGGAGUAUUUGCCAGAAGAUAAUUGUUUAUGAAUGUUUAUUGCUGCAGUAAUGUGAACUGGACAGGGGAACAAGUUUGCAUUCUAGAAAGUCACGUGUUGCUAAUGGUUAUUUUUACACAUGUUGAUCCUCCACUUAAGUCUUUUGGUUCGUGAAGCUCUGGAUGCAGCUGGUAAUAAUGAAGUCCAUGGAGAGUCCAAUGUUACAGUACAGUAUUGGUCUGGUAAUGCCUAUCACUUGAUUUCAGUCUGUUGAAAUGCAGGUACAGUGUUUGUGUAUUGUCCAAAGUUGGUAUUUUCUAUGUGAGUGCAGUGUAUUGCUUAUACUUUCUUUGUUUUCCCUACAUUGUUGCUGUGUGGAUUUUAACACUUGCACAGUAGUGUUGAUUUUUGUGAAAGGUGUUCCAAUGGUGCCAAAACUGCUGCAUUGAUCUCAAUACCAUGGAUUCUGUAAAACAAAAAAAAAACCUGUAUAUUUAUUCUUAAUCUACUUUUUGAGUGUUCUUUCUUUUGCAUGCAGUUAUUUUGUUGCAUGUCCUUUUGUUGCAUGUUUUUUUGCAUUUCUUGUCUGCAUGUUUUCUUAGUUUUUUUGUAAACUGUCUAUAUUUUAAAGGCAUGGGGUUGUCAUGUGACCUAAAGUCAAGCUCUAAGUGGAAAUCAACAUGAAAUGUGACUGGGAAUUUCUAUAUCUGUCCUAACAUAAGACAGACUGAACUGCGGCCCUACUGACUGUAGUUUAUACAGGUUUUUUUUUUUUUGUCUGUCUGUUUCCUGUUUCUCCUACUCUAAAUGUACUGUAACAGUCAGGACUGAGUGUAGCAUUUUUCACCUAUUUAUGUUUUUAUAAUAAAUAUUUCAAUCAU